AACUGAAAAUGAAUAUGAGCCUUUAGCAGUUUUCAAUGCUUUUCAAUUCAAAACUAAAAAGUGGUCAGUUUUUGCCUUUUUUAAUUUAUUUAAUUUAAGUCCCUGGAGAAUUGAGUAAAAAUGUUGGUUUGUUUUCAUAGUGCCAUUACUACUCUAUUCAAAUCUGGCGCUUAAACCUUAUAAACCUUUCAAUUAUUAAGUCAAUAUUGAACAAAAUUGAAUUUGAUUUGCAGACAAUACCAAGUAAGCAAUCCGAUAAAGGGCAAUAAAUGCAUUGAACUAGAAAGGGACCCUCAAGUUAUAUUUUCAUCUUUACUUUCAUUUCAUUUUUCCCGUUUAUCGUGAUACUAAAUGACAACAUUGUGGUUUCAAGUUCCACAAAAUUAAUUUCACUUUAGGAGUAACAUGUUUGGCACAUUUUGAUCAUAAUUAUAAAAUUAUUAAAUCAAGGUAUAAUGAAUCGAAAAUGUAACAAGGGGUCAUUUGUUGAUAAAUCUGUGCUAAUCCAAUGUACUGAUUUGCAAACAUCAAUUCAAGAUUUAACCUGUACGUCUUUGACAAUCUUAACAACUCUGGGUACAUGAUCAUAUAUUGGUUAUUGUAUAUCAAAAUACAGGUUAAAUAUUAGAGCACUUACACGCUUAGUGUAAUUUAAGAGUCAAGUAUAUAAGGAGGGAAAUACUAACGGCGUGUUGAGUCAAGUAUGAUAAAUUGAGAGAUUUCCGUUUUUCCUGCAUGAAUACAAAAAUGGAUUAAUGCUAAUAAAAUCUGAAUUGUUGGAUUAUUCAAAAAAGAAGCAGUGUUUAUCAAUUUUGCAUGAAGAAUAUUUUGGAAUUAAAACAUGAAGGAAUUUUACACUUUUACAGAAGAAGAAAUUGAAUAACUGCUUUGAUAAGUUUAAAUAAAGAUGAAGUUGGCAGUAUGUUUGCUAUAAUAAUGUAGUUCUGGCCAAUAAGCAACUCGAGAUUUUUUACUUGAUGAAAAAAUGGAGUUGAAGGAUCUAUCAUUAACAUCUACUCCUAAAACAAAGAAUUACGGAUUGGGAAAAUUACAAGAAAAACAUACCAAGUCUGAAAUCAAUGUAAAUCCCAGUUCAAAAUUGAAAUUGGACACACAAAAUAAACAAUUAAAAGAUUAUGAAAAAAUGAAUAGAAAUAUCACUAAAAGAUUGACUUAUGAAAAGACAGAACUAAGUUCAGUUGGGGCCACUCGAUCUCCAUCCAUUGUGGAUCCGCCAAACAUAUUACAAAGCAAGGAUGAAGUCAUGCGACUUUCUGAUUUAGAUCUUCAUGAACGAUUAAUUAAGAUAAGUAAACAAGUCAGCAGUUCUCCUCGAAUAAAACAACCUAAAAAAGACAUCAACUCACAUGAUCCUAACAACAAUUCAAAUUCACUGAAAAAUUCUAAAUAUUCUGAAUUGGAUAAUGUCAAAGAGAAUAAUGGAGGUACCAUGCCUAGUGCAAGAUAUAAACCAUAUAACGAUAAAAUUCAAUCGUACAAAUCAAAAGCAAUAACGAAAUCACGAUCAGUCGUGCCUGAACAGUCUUCAACUAUAGAUGUCACUCCAUCACAUAUUACUUCGUCGCACAUCACAUCACCACGAGUGAUGUCUGCUCCAUCUAUCACGGGAAUCCUGAGUGUAAACAAGAGUUUGAAUGCUUCGAUGAAUAAGAAAGUCACAUGGAAGGAACCAAUAGAAAUGCAGUCGGUAGGAAUAUUAUUAUAAAAGCGUCCAAUCAAAAUAUAGAUCACUCAAUAUUUCAUUUUUGCUUCAUUUUUGUAUUAUUAUAACUAAUGUUAUUCGUUCAUUUAAAUCGAUUGAAUGACAUAAUUAGAGGUUAUGUCACUAUCGUGGCAUAUAUGCCCGAGGUCUCAGUGAUAUAUGGCCCGACCUUGGGAGGGACAUUGAUCUCUGAGAACCGAGGGCAUAUGUGCCACGAUAGUGACAUAAACGAUUUAUAACAUACCUAUGAUGAUGUAGACUGGUCAGAGAGUACCGUUUUCUUAUAGAAUUGACAAACAAAUGGUUUGAAAAUGAUUGAAAUGAGUUUAGAAAAAUUGCUCGCGCAGUUUUAUCUUCGAUUGAUUGGUUAUGACGUCAGCGCCUUGACCAAUCAGAAAGUUGGCGGGCGCGGGCUUUUCAAAACUUAUAUUGGCCCGCUGUCUUGUGUACACUUUGCACUAUACAUCAUCAUAGGUAUGUUAUAAUAUCUGAUAGCA